UGACCUAUUCAGACUCUGGGGCUUCAGUCCCCGGCGCCACCCGCGGGAUGGGCUCCGAGGUAGCUCAGCUGCUGGAGGCUGCUGACUUCGCCGCUCAGAAGCACCGACAGCAGCGACGGAAAGAUCCUGAAGGGACUCCCUACAUCAACCACCCCAUCGGUGUGGCCCGGAUCCUAACCCAUGAGGCGGGAGUCACUGACGUUGUGGUGUUGCAGGCGGCCCUGCUCCACGACACAGUAGAAGACACAGACACUACCCUGGAUGAGGUAGAGCUGCACUUUGGAGCACAGGUUCGGCGUUUGGUGGAGGAGGUAACAGAUGACAAGACUCUGCCCAAACUGGAAAGAAAGCGGCAACAGGUAGAGCAGGCACCCCACAGCAGCCCAGGGGCCAAACUGGUGAAGCUGGCAGACAAACUAUACAAUUUGAGGGACCUGAAUCGCUGCACCCCUCAAGGAUGGUCAGAACAGCGAGUCCAGGAAUACUUCGAGUGGGCAGCACAGGUGGUGAAGGGGCUUCAAGGAACGAACCAGCAACUGGAAGAGGCACUAAAGCAGCUGUUCGAGGAGCGAGGGCUGACUCUUUGAGCGGUGUUUGGUGACAUGCAUGGCUCCAGCAAGGCCCAGCAAAAUGGGAUUCUUACUGUUGCUUUCAGAGCCAACCCCAUCUCUCACAUUCCUUCACCCAACGCAUACAUUACAGGCUAAAAACGUCUGCAUUUUCUUACUCAGCUGAGCCCCAAAUAUGGAAAUCAGAUAUACCCAUGUACUCACAGCCUUUCCUCAAGUCUUGGGUCUUUCUGUUCGCUAUUUUACAUGGUAGGACCUCUGGCCCCUCAGGGACUUCGGAUUGUGUAAACUUUGGUUUGUAAGCCAUGGAAAAUAAAGUACUUAGGGUAAAGUUUAAA